AUGUCGAUCCCAGUCUUCAAUGCUUUUCUGGCCGCCACCAAUGCGUCAGCUUUGGUCAACAUCGUCGACCUUGUCGGAAACGGCUGGACACUAUCAAAUCCCUCGCUGAACAUCUCCGUACCUGCUCAAUUGCCUAGCCAUGUUCACCUCGACCUUUUGUCGAAUCAAGUCAUAGGGGACCCAUACUACGGUUUGAACAACUUCAACCUUCGAUGGGUCGCCUGGAACAAUUGGACAUACACAUCGGAUCCCAUUCAGGACCUCACACACGACUGGGAUAGUACAUGGCUAGUCUUUAAUGGCCUGGAUACAUUCGCUUCCAUCGCGUUCUGUGGAGAGCACAUAGCAAACACAGACAACCAAUUUAGACAAUACUACUUCGACGUAUCGGAAAUCGUGCAAGACUGCGCUCCAUGGGAUCGUAUCAUCACUUUGAAUUUCGGAUCGGCCCCGGUCAUCGCAAAUGAGAUUGCAUCCAAGUCAAACCAAACCUGGCCUCCAGGCGUCCAGCAGGUGUAUGAAUUUCCCAAUCGUUGGUUCAUCCGUAAGGAGCAAAGUGAUUUCGGAUGGGAUUGGGGACCUGCAUUUGCGCCUGCCGGCCCGUGGCAGCCAGCAAGGCUAAUACAAUUGAACGCUGGCAAUAUUUACGUACAUAAUAGUAUCAUCGAUGUCCACCGUCAAGGCCAAAUGAAUUUGCUUCCUCCGGAACAGGACAAACCUUGGGUUAUCAACGUCAGCAUGGAUCUCCUGGGAAUGCCACCGGCGAACAUUUCGAUGCGAUACAAACUCGCCGAUUUGGCCAAUACAACAACCAUGGCUUGCGGUCAACUUGAGGGGCUCAACGUCUCGGGCAAGGCGAUCACCGGAUUGACCACGAUCUCCCAAGACAUCGUCGAGCUUUGGUGGCCUGUGAAUAUGGGGCCACAAACUCUCUAUCAUCUUACCGUCGAUGUCGUUUCGGCUACUAAUGUCACACUGGCGACGAUAACGAAGCGAAUCGGAUUUCGUACGAUUGUGCUUAACGAGUUGCCCAUCUCUGCGACUCAGCUUGCUCAGGGUAUUGCACCUGGGAACAAUUGGCACUUUGAGAUCAACGGCCAAGAGUUCUACGCCAAGGGCUCGAACUUCAUCCCUCCUGAUGCUUUUUGGCCUCGAGUAACGGAAGUCAAGGUUCGGCAGCUUUUCGAUUCGGUCGUUGCAGGUAAUCAGAACAUGCUAAGGAUUUGGGCAAGUGGCGCAUAUUCGCCAGACUUUCUGUACGACCUCGCCGAUGAGAUGGGCAUUUUGUUGUGGUCUGAGUUCGAAUUUGGGGACGCAUUAUAUCCUGUUGACCAAGAUUUCCUGGAAAAUGUUCGGCGGGAGGCUGAAUAUCAAGUCCGGAGAAUCAACCACCAUCCAUCCCUCGCCCUGUGGGCAGGAGGUAAUGAAUUGGAGAAUCUGGAAUUGGUUUUGGUUAACAACUCCGCACCAGACAAACUCCCCCGGUACAUGGCCGAGUAUGAGAAGCUCUUCCUUGAAACACUUUCGCCGGUCGUGUUCGGAAAUACUAAAAGCAUCGGAUAUACACCCAGCUCGACAAGCAACGGCUGGCUCAGCCUGAACUUCAGUAAUCCAAACCCAAUCACCGAACGAUACUUCAACCGCACCGCUGGAAGUAUCUAUGGGGAGACAGACUUCUACAAUUACGACCCCAGCGCCCUGUAUAACGAUGACGCAUAUCCUGUAGGGCGAUUUUCAAACGAGUUCGGCUUCCAUUCAAUGCCGUCUAUCCAGUCCUGGAGGCAGCAGAUCUCGGAGAACGAUUUGCAUUUCAAUUCAACUAUGGUUAUGCUACGUAAUCAGCAUCCGCCGCCAGGAGGACUCAAUUCUUCCGACACGGCAACGUCUUCAAUUGGCCAGGGGCAAAUGACUAGGGCUGUUCAAGCAUGGUUUCCGACUCCAAACAAAACAAACUCAGCUGCCAACUUCUCUGCUUGGUGCCAUGCAACACAACUCUACCAGGCAGAGCUCUAUGUCUCAGAAAUCCAAUUUUAUCGGCGAGGGUCCGGGCUGCCAAAUCGCCAGCUCGGCUCAUUGUACUGGCAGCUCGAAGACAUAUGGGUUGCUCCAACUUGGGCAUCUGUCGAAUACGAUGGACGAUGGAAAGUCGUUCAUUAUGCCGUCAAGCACAGCUACGAGCCUGUGAUCAUUGCUCCACACUACAAUCGUACAAGUGGCGAUCUCAGCGUGUGGGUGACAUCAGAUCUGUGGGAAUCUGUCAGUGGUAGCAUUCAUCUAUCUUGGUAUGACUGGACUGGUAAAAAGUACAAAUCUGCGUCCACUUCGCGUAACUUCGAGGUUGGUGCAAUCAACAGCACAAGGAUUUUCCAGAGCUUGGUCGAUGGGUUCCCUGCAACUGACCUCAACAAUCUUGUCAUGAAAAUGGAAGUUGAGGCGGAGGGAAGGCUACCUAAUAACAAGACCACGCAAAAGUUCUGGCACGACAACUGGUUCCACCCUACCUCAUUAAGUAAGGCGAGUCUUGUCGAUCCCGGCCUCCAGCUACAGUACUGCUCUACGACGAAGAACUUCACCGUGAUCGCUAGAACAGGCAUUGCCGCGUUCGUCUGGUUGGAUUACCCAGCCGGUCCAGUCCUGAAUUUUGAUAGCAAUGGGUUCUGGCUCGCGCCGAAUGAACCGCGGGAAGUCAGCUAUACUGUGAUAAGCGAUACGACAGGCGGGCAAUGGGUUCAUGGUGUUACUGUGCAGAGUUUAUGGAAUCUGACGUUGGCCGAUUGA